AUAGAGCUACCACAUAUGUCUCUGAUCUUAAUUAUUAAUAUUAAUGUUGAAAACAAAAAGAGAAAAAAAGAAGCGGAACAAUGAAGCAAAUUACUCCGUCUCUCUCACACUGAUCUCCGCAACAACCACUGCACAAAAAUGUUCACAACAAAUCUCUUAACAAAAACCUAAAUUCCAUUCAAAACGACACGAAUUCAACAAAUGAAAGGCGGUGAAUUCAGCGACGACAGUCAGUUAUUAAGAUCAACAGACGACGUCAAUGAGAAUCACCACAACAUUGUAAUAGACGACGAUAUCAACGACGACCGCCCCCACGACGACGUUUUAGACGGUCAACUAGUAACCGUCGCCAGUCCAGGAGGUCAUAGAAGAAAUAUUAUUAAAGACGUGUUUCUUAAACAUUUAGAUCGGGGGUUCUCCGGCCGCCGUCUCAAUUCCCCUAGUUAUAAUAAUAAGCGGAGUAGCCCUAGAACUUAUCAUAAUAAUCAUAGUAAUCGGAGGGAUGACGAGGAUGAAGAUGUUCUCGGUGAUAGUGCGCCGCCGGAAUGGGUGUUGCUUCUUCUCGGUUGUCUUCUUGGCCUUGCCUCCGGUCUCUGUGUGGCGGUCUUUAAUAAAGGGGUUCAUGUUAUACAUGAUUGGGCGUGGGCAGGUACUCCGAAUGAAGGUGCUGCGUGGCUGCGACUACAGAAACUUGGGGACACUUGGCAUCGGAUUCUUUUGAUUCCGGUUACUGGAGGAGUUAUUGUUGGAAUGAUGCAUGGUUUAGUUGAGAUUUUAGAUCAAAUAAGGCAGAGUAGCUCUUCACCGCGACAGGGUGUUGAUUUGGUGGCGGGAGUGUUUCCUGCGAUUAAGGCUAUUCAGGCUGCUAUUACUCUUGGUACGGGUUGUUCUUUGGGUCCUGAAGGGCCUAGUGUAGAUAUCGGAAAAUCCUGUGCAAAUGGAUUGUUAUUAAUGAUGGAAAACAACAGGGAAAGAGAGAUAACUCUUGUUGCGGCUGGUGCGGCUGCUGGCAUUGCUUCUGGUUUCAAUGCAGCUGUUGCUGGUUGUUUUUUUGCUAUUGAAACUGUGUUAAGGCCUCGUCGUGCUGAAAAUUCGCCUCCAUUUACAACUGCAAUGAUAAUAUUGGCUUCUGUCAUAUCAUCAACUGUUUCAAAUGUUUUACUUGGUACACAAUCUGCUUUUACGGUGCCACCAUAUGAUUUGAAGUCUGCUGCUGAAUUACCUUUGUACCUUAUCUUGGGCAUGCUAUGUGGCGUUGUAAGUGUGGCCUUCAGUCGCUUGGUGACUUGGUUCACCAAGUUAUUUGAAUUUAUUAAGGAAAGAUUUGGUCUUCCUCCUGUUGUGUGUCCUGCUUUAGGUGGUUUAGGAGCUGGGAUAAUUGCUCUCAGGUAUCCUGGGAUACUAUACUGGGGUUUUACUAAUGUUGAAGAGAUUUUACGUACUGGGAAAAGUGCUUCAGCUCCAGGAAUCUGGUUAUUAGCUCAACUAGCUGUAGCCAAAGUUGUGGCUACAGCUCUAUGCAAAGGUUCAGGACUCGUAGGUGGGCUUUAUGCACCAAGUUUGAUGAUUGGUGCUGCUAUUGGUGCUGUUUUUGGGGGUUCAGCAGCAGAAAUUAUCAAUUCAGCCAUUCCUGGAAAUGCUGCUGUUGCUCAGCCACAAGCAUAUGCCCUGGUAGGAAUGGCUGCCACCUUAGCCUCAGUUUGUUCAGUGCCAUUGACAUCAGUUCUGCUUCUCUUUGAGUUGACAAAAGAUUACAGGAUAAUCCUUCCCCUCAUGGGUGCUGUUGGAUUAGCAAUAUGGGUUCCUUCUGUGACCAACCAGCCAAAGGAGACUGAAGUAUCUGAUUCACGUACUUUGACGAGGGGAUAUUCUUCUCUUUCAAAUUCUGAAGACAAGAAUGAAAGCUGGAGAAGAAUUGACGAUGGAGAUGAUCUAGAACUCUCUGUCAUCGGAAAUGCUUCUGAGCAUGAAGCAAUCAAUGAAGAUUUGGUUUUGGAAGAUUUAAAGGUUUCUAGGGCCAUGUCUAAAAACUAUGUGAAGGUCGUAGGAGCUUCAACAGUAAAAGAAGCUGUUGAUUGUAUGCAUAACAGCAAGCAGAAUUGCGUGCUUGUGGUGGAUGAUGAAGAUUUAUUGGAGGGAAUUCUAACAUAUGGUGACAUUAGACGGAUUUCUAAGAAGUCUGAUGAGACCAAUAUAGGUGAUUCAGCAAUUAAAGAUGUAAACACUUGUCUUGUUUCUGCUGUAUGUACCCGAGGGAUAAGCUACCGAGGGCAAAGUCGUGGACUUUUAACCUGCUAUCCAGAUACUGAUUUAGCAACUUCCAAAGAACUUAUGGAGGCCAAAGGGAUCAAACAGUUGCCUGUAGUUAAGCACAGUAGAGGCUCUUGGAAAGAAAGAAAGCGACGACUUGUAGCUAUUCUUCAUUAUGAUUCAAUUCAUAGUUGUCUCAGAGAGGAGAUAUCUCGCAGGAAGUCUAUCUAUAGAAAGGAGAGCAAGAUGGUAGAAAGUAGCCACUAAUAUAGUAAUGAAAGUACUCGUCGGAUUCCAAGUUUGUUUGGACCUGCUCUCGGGAAAGGCAGGUUAAAGGUGAGAGAUCAUGAAUUUAAAUGCCGACUUCAUCACACAAGUAGAUCUGCAUAUUUUUUGAUGGCCAGUUAUAUUAUUAUUAUACAUCUCUUCUUUUGAGGGUUUAGAUAUGAAAAUACCCUUCUGAUGGGUUUUGCAAACUGUGCAAAGAUCGGCCUAGAAAUUUGCAUUUUGUACAUGUAAAUUUUGUAGUUACAUUUCGAUGUUAGUGGAAAAAGAAAGAAAAGAAGAGAAAAUACAUGUUGAUAGUUGAAUGAAUUCAAGCCAGAGUCCUUUUCCUUUUC